AACGUGCAUUAUGCAUUUAACAAAAAGGUAUAUAUAAAAGAGAUUCUCAUCCACCUCCCGCUCAUUAGGUAUUAUCGGUUAGUAUUUUCAGUGUUUCGGAAAUUUGAAAAAUUGUGAAAAUGAAACUGGCUUUGCUGUUUUCUUUGAUUUCUGUGAUAGUAGCCGCUCCCCAGAGCGCCGACAAAGAUGCAACUGUAUUGAAGUAUAAUUCAGAUAAUUCUGGAAUUGAUGGAUACAAUUUUGACUUCGAGACUAGUAACGGCAUCGCUCAGCAAGAAGAAGGCAAAUUGACUAACCAAGGAACCGAAAAUGAGUUAAUGAAAGUGUCUGGAUCGUAUACGUUUACUUGGGAAGGAAUAACAUACAAAGUAACAUACACUGCAGAUGAAAACGGUUUCCAGCCAGUCGGUGAUCAUAUCCCAAAAUGAAAUUUUUAGCUCAAUCUAUUAUUUCUUGAAUAAUCGUCAUGUAAAUAUAUUCUUUUGGAAAUUUAAUAAACGAUAAGAAAUGA